GGGGGAAGAAAAAGACCUUGCUGAUGAUGACAAGGAGCUUUUUCUCUCGGGUGCUGCACCUCGGAGAGAGGUCCCAUUCGGGUUGUCGCUUAAUGUUUCCAGUGGAACUGGUGAUGUAGAGGUUUGAUCUCAGUGUCAAAACUUGGAAAAUUGUGUUGCCUCAAAAUCUCUGAGUCCACACUGAGGAGGGGACUGUGUGGAACGGGUGUUCUUUAAGGUAUUUAUCUCAAACUGGGUUAAAUCUCCCAAGUGCUGUUUAAUCCUCUGCCUUCGAGGUUCCCAAACCCGCCUCCGCCCACGACGGAGUCCUCCUCGCCUGUCCUCCGCAGUGUGCGAUCUUGCCGAGGAGAGUGGCCUUGUAGCGGGUUUUCCUAAGACCGAAAUCCUUACCGGUUGUCUGCACUCUGAGAUCGUGUCAGUUACGCCCUUUUGGGGGCGGGAGGGGCCCUGCCCUUGGUAUGCAGAAAGUUCCUGGGCCAGGGAUCAAACUCCAGCCACAGAUUGAAAUCCUUAAUUUGCUGAGCCACCAGGGAGCUCCACUGUGUCUUUUUUGUUUGUCUGUGCUAAUGUGCCUUGAAGUAGGGACCUCAGAUGUGAUGUGUCCGAAACUGGUGGCAGAGUGAUGUGGGGCAGGAAAGGGGUCAGGGCUGGCCCUGGUGGUCAGUCCUGAGGCUGAAGGAGGGAGGGAAGCUCGGCUCUUCCCUGCACUGUUCUGGUUACAUUGUGUCUGGAUGUUUUCACAGUGAAGAGUUUGAAGUACUUUCAUUUUCUGGAAUCCCCUUAGUGGUUGUGGAUGGUAACUAAAGAAGAACAAAACCCCGGAUUUAGCAGAGUGAAGAUUUGCCUGCUCUCGUUGUGCCUUUGGUUGUUUGGGGCGGGGGGAAUCUUACUGGCUCGUGACACCUGAAGGUUGGAGAGGAUCUGUUAUCUCUGGCUCUCUGCGAAUGUGAGAAAGACUGGCGUUGACUGGCGAGUGUCGGGGUCCACUGGCCUUGUCGCUGGCGGGUGGUUAAGAUGGAGAGAGAAGAGCAAUGUUCUCGUGUCCUGUCCGUGGAAAUCCUCGGUAGCUGGUCAGCAGCUCACCUCUCUGCUCUUCCCGAAUCCCGCGCUGUCCAUCCUGUUCCCGGUAGGAUUCUGCUACUCAUUCUGGACCACAUGCUUGUGGCUCUGGUGAUUUAACGAGCCAAAGCCGGGGAGGACGUGGGCCUGAGGGCCCAGCACCGCACCUGCCCGUCUGGCCGAGCACCUGACCCUGUGCUGCAAGAACAGUGCACCCACAUCCCGACACCCCAGUGAUGCGCCAUGCCCAUAGUGGACAAGCUGAAGGAAGCCCUCAAGCCAGGCCGCAGGGACUCGGCUGACGAUGGGGAGCUGGGGAGGCUUCUGGCCUCCUCCGCCAAGAAGGUCCUUCUGCAGAAGCUGGAGUUCGAGCCGGCCAGCAAGAGUUUCUCCUACCAGCUGGAGUCGCUGAAAAGCAAAUAUGUGCUGCUGAACCCCCGGCCGGAGGGAGCCGGCUGCCCCAAGAGUGGGGGUGAGCCCCCCGGUGCGGGCACUGGGUGCCACAGGAGUGGGGGUGGCGAGCUCGCGUCCGACGGGGACGGGGACGGGGUCCCCGCGCCCCAGAAGGUGCUCUUCCCCGGAGAGCGGCUGUCCCUGCGCUGGGGACGCGUCUACCGCGUGGGCGCCGGGCUGCACAACCUCGGCAACACCUGCUUCCUCAACUCCACCGUGCAGUGCUUGACCUACACGCCGCCCCUGGCCAACUACCUGCUCUCCAGGGAGCACACGCGGGGCUGUCACCAGGGCAGCUUCUGCAUGCUGUGCGUGAUGCAGAACCACAUCGUCCAGGCCUUCGCCAACAGUGGCAACGCCAUCAAGCCCGUGUCCUUCAUCCGGGACCUGAGGAAGAUCGCCCGGCAUUUCCGCUUUGGGAACCAGGAGGAUGCGCACGAGUUUCUGCGCUACACCAUCGAUGCCAUGCAGAAGGCCUGCCUGAGCGGUUGUGCCAAGUUGGAUCGUCAGACGCAGGCCACAACUUUGGUCCAUCAGAUCUUUGGAGGCUAUCUCAGAUCGCGGGUGAAGUGCUCCGUGUGCAAGAGCGUCUCGGACACCUACGACCCCUACUUGGACGUGGCCCUGGAGAUCCGGCAAGCUGCGAACAUCGUGCGUGCUCUGGAGCUGUUCGUGAAACCAGAUGUCCUGAGUGGCGAGAACGCCUACAUGUGCGCAAAGUGCAAGAAGAAGGUUCCAGCCAGCAAGCGCUUCACCAUCCACAGGACCUCCAACGUCCUGACGCUCUCGCUCAAGCGCUUUGCCAACUUCAGCGGGGGCAAGAUCACCAAGGAGGUCGGCUAUCCGGAGUUCCUGAACAUCCGUCCCUACAUGUCCCAGAGUAACGGCGAGCCCGUCCUGUACGGGCUCUACGCCGUCCUGGUCCACUCGGGCUACAGCUGCCACGCCGGCCACUAUUACUGCUACGUGAAGGCCAGCAGCGGACAGUGGUACCAGAUGAACGACUCCUUGGUCCACGCCAGCAACAUCAAGGUGGUUCUGAACCAGCAGGCCUACGUGCUCUUCUACCUGCGAAUUCCAGGCUCUAAGAAGAGUCCGCAGGGCUCCAUCUCCAGGACGGCCUCGUCCCUUCCUGGCUGCCCUGGGGCGGCUCUGGACCACGUCAAAAAGAGUGUCAGCAACGGGCCCACAUCCUCCCCACCAGCUGGAAAGAGACCAGACCCUUCGAUGAUGAAGAAGCCACAGACCCCCGAAGAGCUUGGGGUGCCCAUUGCCAGGAAUGGUUCCGUGUCGGGCCUGAAGCCUCAGAAUGGAUACGUGUCCCCAAAGCCACCUGUGGGGUCCCCCUCCCCCAAACUCUCCAAAACGCCCACCCACGCGCCCACCCUUCUGGAGGAGCCUGGAAAGAAAGUCAAGAAACCAGCCCCCCCACUGCCCCUCUCCCCGCCACCCAGACCCUCUCAGGGGCCCCGAGGGGCUGGCGAGCCUGGAGGCAGCAGGGGUGAGGGCCGAGGGCCGGGCCCCUGGGGCGGCAAGGCCAGCCUCUCCCCCUCGCCCCGGCCCCUGGCCCCCGGGGCCGCCAACGGGCUUGGGCCCCAGGCGGGCGACGGGGGCUCUGCUGCUGAGAGGAGGGGAUCCGGCGGCUCCAGCCCUGAGCGCUCAGCUGGCAGUGGCCCUGCCAGGAACCCCCAGGCCCCCCAGGGCGGAAGCACCCACCUCUGCGAGUCUCAGGGAACUCCCUCCAGGGGGCUGCCAGCCCAAGAGGAUGCCAGGCUGGCCAAGGCCAAGUGCCCCAUCCUGAGCGGCGCUGCGCCCGAGCCCGCCAACACCAUGUCUCCUCCACCGGCCAAAAAGCUGGCCCUUUCCGCCAAGAAGGCCAGCACCCUGCGGAGGGCAGCCGGCAGUGACCUCCGUCCACCUCCCCUCUCUCCGUCCUCCGACCUCACCCACCCCCGGAAACCCGCUCACCCCGCGGCCGCCUCCACCUGGCCUCGCAGCACAAUCAGGGCCGUUUCACCUGCUCCCAGACCAUCCAGCCAUCUGAAGCCCCCCCUCGGCCCCCGGCCCCCGUCACUGCCCAGCAGCCCCCAGCCUCUCAGGACAUCAGACCCACAGAACUGCUUGUCCGCCUCUGCGCCCCUGCCUCAGGUCAAUGGGGGCUUCCAGGCCCCUCCCCACCAGCCGCCAGAGGCCAGCGAGCCCCCCCAGAGCCCCUGUAAGAAGAAGCGGAAGCCCUGCAUGGCCGAGACCGGGGACCAGGGCUGCGAGGCCUGCACGGCCGCGGCGGCCCCACCCGGGAAGCGGCGAAGGAGGAAGAGGAAGCACACGGGGGACGUGGCCGCCUCCUCCCCGGCCCUGCAGGAGGGGCUGCUGCAGGGACAGCCGUGGAGUCCCAAGCGCAGGAAGGAGGGCCGGCCGGAGCCGCCAGCGGACCCAUCGGAGGAAGAGGGCGGACAGCAGCAAGGAAAGCGCUGGCGCCUGGGGAGCAGCGGUUGGCCCGGGGGAUGUGUGAGCGACAGCCACCAAGUGAAUAGCAGGAAGAGGAGGCGGAAGGGAGCCGAGGGCCUUGGCAGAGAAGCCUUGGCCAGGGACCCGCCUCGGCACGGGAACUGCUCUCUCUUGGACGCGGUCCCGCCAGCGACCAUGGCGGCAUCACCCAGGAAAAAGAAGAAGAAAAAAAGGAAGGAGGAGUCCCAGCAGCACACAGACGAGAACCAGUCCACGGGCCAGAGGGGCAGGGGCACUGCCGUCCCUGGGAGCCUGCUCCUGCCGGCUAUGAACGGCCAGGGCCCCGGGGAGCCCACAGGGCUGGGACAGACUCCUCUUGUAUCUUGGGACGGAGAGAGGGAAUCUGAUGUGGUCCAGGAAUUGCUGAAAUACUCAUCAGAUAAAGCUUACGGGAGGAGAGUUUUGACGUGGGACGGCGAGGUGUCCGCUGUCAGUCGGGACGCCGUUCGGGACAGCAGGCUGGCCCGCGCGGCCACGGUCGUCGAUGACUGGGAUGAAGCGUUCGACCGGGGCAAGGAAAAGAAAGUGAAAAAAUUCAAGAGAGAAAAGAAAAGAAACUUCAACGCCUUCCAGAAACUUCAGAGUAGACGGAACUUUUGGUCCGUGACUCACCCAGCCAAGGCUGCCAGCCUCAGCCAUCGCCGCUGAAUUCGCUGCUGUCGAGAUAGCCUGCAGGGACGCAGCGUCCCUUCCUGGGACCGUCCGUCUGGACUGCAGAGCUGCUGGCUAUGGACUCCGGCCCGGCCGGCUCCAGCCCUGCACCAGGGCCUGCUGUGGGGGCGGCCUGCAGAGGCCCGGACUGCUGUGGAUCAGGACCUCUGGUGACACGACACGCACUGUGACAAAACCGCACGAUGACAGGGGGAGCAGGGGCCGCGUGGUGACGGGGAGCCCGGGAUGGGCUGCUGGCCAGCGGCGUCUGGUCAGGGGCGUGGGGGGUGGGAAGGCAGUGGCCCCGCCUGCCCGGUGUGUCCUGAGCACCGGAGGUGACAGCGUGCCGUCAUUUGCUCUUCUUGGUGGCCACCCAUCCCCUACUCCUGGCGGCAGCUGCUGCCGUCUGUCCUGCGCCUCCUGCUUCCUCAGGCGGGGGCUCCAUAUGCCUUACCUGUCCCCCCCGGGCCCCACCCAGCUGCCUCUCCCUGUGUGGAGUCGGGGCACCCCCCCCCCCCAUUAAGUAACCCUGGACUGUGUGCCAGGCAGGUGGCUGUGGCGGGGCGGGGGCUGAAGUGACACGGGCCCCGCCGCUUUCCAGGCCGCUCGUCAGUCCGCGCCGGCUCUGCUGGGCCCCCCUUGCAGCUGCAGGGGCCCGUGGGUCCGUAUUGAGGCGGUGGCCUUGGGGUAGACGCCUCCUUUUAUUUUACUACCUGAUAUAAAACAUCUAUUUUGACCAGG